AUGCUCAGAGAGGGAGAGAUGGGUGAGGAAAUAGCACAGGUGGGUGGAAAUAGUAGCACUCUUUGCAACCCAAUGAGGAGUGCAACAAUGGAUAUCAAGGGCUGGAUCUUUCUCUUAACAGCUAUUUGGCUGCAGAAAGAUGUGACAGGAAAUCUAUUCUUCAAUCUGAAGAUGGAUUUCCUUCCUGGUGGAAAUAUGGCACUUGCAAACUAG